AUGAACUCUGCGCACGUCGCAUCAUUGACUAACAGUCACGUACUUUCGCCAUCGUCGCUGAGUCCAAAGCGAGUCAGUAGCGUUUCGCAGCAUUACUCGCACCGUAUACGUCAACCGUCUACCAAAGCCCUGAUUCUACAGCAAAAGUACAAGGAAGAACAGCAGCGAUCGAUGCUGUCCAGAGCCGAUACGAUCGAUGAUGCACUGCUGUCUCGGGGAACGACAGACGAUGUCUCUUGUUUGUCGAAGAAAGGCGUGGCGGCAGCGCUUCGAGAGCGUUCUAACUCGCUGGCGGUAAUGGAGUCUAGGCGCUCUUACGCACCGGGUGUUGGCCACAGCAUGAGUGUGAAAGCUACAUCGAAAUUGAAGAAGCAUAUGGACAAAGCAGCACAAGUAAUGGAGACAUUCCUGUGUCCGAAGCUGUUGAAAGACCAGUCGAUUCCACACGAACUAUUGGCUGAAGCGUAUGGAUUGGUGUUUGUCACCAUGUACAAAUUGGGAUUCUUGUUUUCGGGCAAGAUCGGAACAGGUUUUGUCAUAUCGCGUACGACUGGAGGGUGGUCGGCACCAAGCUUUUUGACAUCAGGAGGUUUUGGCUUCGGUAUGAUGGCUGGCGGUGAAGUUGUAAAUUACAUGAUCAUUUUGAGUUCAAGGAGUGCUGUCAAGGUCUUUACAAGGAAUGGCCAAGUGCAGCUAGGUUCGGAGCUUGAUAUUGCUGUAGGCCCUAUUGGUCGAGCUGCUAGCGCUGCAAUAAACGUUGGGCGUGGUGGUGUUGCACCAAAUUACUCGUACAGCCAUAGCAAGGGACUCUACGGUGGCAUUGGUCUUAGUAGCGGUGUCAUUUGCACGCGCAAGUCGUUGAACGCGAGAUGCUAUGGCCCUAAUGUAACGGUGCGGCAGAUUUUAGGUGGAGAAGUAGCGUGUUCGUUAGCUUUGCCGCUUUGGAAAGCGCUGGACAAGGCGCUUGGUAUCCAGCGUGAGUACGUAAACGGUUUUCCUGUUCUGGCCCCCACGUAUACUGGGAUGGCAUGUGAUGCAUGUAGCCAUGUUCACUCUUCCGGGAACAACCCGCAUGCUUGUGCAAACUGCGGAAAUUUGCUGGUCUAUAGUGUUAGUGUGCACUCUGGAAGGCGUAACACGAGCCAACUGAUUGCAUCAAAAUUGACAACUGACUUAACAGCAUAA